AUGUGGCCAGCUGUGCUGGAGGCCUGGUCAAGGCCAGAGUCUGGGUUUGCAGAGAAGCAGACAAACAAAACAGUCAAACAAGGAGAUUUACUCUGUCUUCCUGACUCAUUCCCACUAUGUUUUUUUCUCCUAGUCCAACCUAAGGUGACUGUGUAUCCUUCAAAGACCCAGCCUCUGCAGCACCACACCCUCCUGGUCUGCUCUGUGAAUGGUUUCUACACAGGCAGCAUUGAAGUCAGGUGGUUCCGGAACGGCCAGGAAGAGAAGGCUGGGGUGGUGGCCACAGGCCUGAUCCAGAAUGGAGACUGGACCUUCCAGACCCUGGUGAUGCUGGAAACAGUUCCUCAGAGUGGAGAGGUUUACACCUGCCAAGUGGAGCACCCAAGCGUGACGAGCCCUCUCACAGUGGAAUGGAGAGCAUGGUCUGAAUCUGCACAGAGCAAGAUGCUGAGUGGAGUUGGGGGCUUUGUGCUGGGCCUGCUCUUCCUUGGGGCCGGGCUGUUCAUUUACUUCAGGAAUCAGGAAGGUGAGGAGCCUUUGGUAGUUGGCUCUCUCCAUAGACUUUUCUGGAGAAGGAACUAUGACUUUGCUGAGGUUAGUUCUCAGUAUAUGAGUGGCCCUGGAUAA